AUGCACGGGCUGACUCCUAUGUCAGCCUCCGGCGAUGAGGGGAAAAGUGGGACGUCGCCCUCGACGCCGGCCAAGGGCAUUGCCGGUGACCGACGUGUCUUGCAGAAAAUCGACGUGGGGGUGCAGGUCGAGGAGGAGCAAGUCAAGCAGGUCGAGGAGGAGAAGCCGACUUGGGUGAAGGCGACGAAAGGAGCACCAGCAGGGCAGCAGCCGCCAGGGGAGCCGGCAGCGGUGAUGCCGACCACGCAGGCAGCGGUGACGCCGACCACGGAGCAGUCGGCAACCAAGCAGUCGGCAGAGGAGCCGACUAUAGGGGAGAGGUCGACCGGGAAGUCUACCGUGGGGCAGCAAGGCGACGAGGGCAGCGAAGUCGGUGACGACGGAGGGGACGCCGGGGAGUCCACCAAGAGUGAUGUGGUGGAGGUCCGGCCUGAACCCCGGAAGUCGGAUAGGCUUUGGAGGCCGCCGGACUUCUUCGUCCCCGCUGCCCUUACCACGGUGUACGACGUGGUAGAUGACAACGACCUGCUGUACGACGACGCCGAGCAGGAUGAGGAUUUUCCGGAGCUUGACCCAAACAUGUUGGCCGACCCCGAGCAGCGUUGGGACAUCUCGACGAUGACAGGGAAGGAGGCGUUGGCGACUUGGAAGGGCCCGGCAGUGAAGGCCGCCAUGAGGGAGGAGAUCCGCACCCUCAUCAACAUGGGCACUUGGGAGCUGGUUGAACGCCUGCCGGGGGUCAACAUCAUGAAGAACCGCUGA